AUGAUGGCGAGGAGGAUCAAAGCGAGCCACUGGCGCCGCUAUGUCUUUUUCGCGAUUCCCCUACUAAUUGGAGGUCUGUUUCUACUGCGAUUUGUGAGCAUAUCGAACUCCAAGGACUUGCAGACGGUGCUCCAGAGCCUUCCGACAGAAUUGCGUUCGACGUUAGACCUAUCGCGGACGAAGGAGGACGAGAUGAUGGGGCAUUUCGAGCAAUUUAUGGAGGAGGUGGUGCGGAAGCAGGAAGAUCAGAUACGGCGGUUGGACCGCGAGCGCAAGGCGCUCGAGAAGAAGCUGCAGGAGCUCAAGCGGCCGGCGAGCCACAGCACGCUCCGCGAGCAGCUCGCGGCGGUGCACGAGUACGGGACAACGAAGAAGUUCCCGGCGUACGUGUGGCAGACAUGGAUGUACUCGGGGGCGGACGACAGGAUGGACAACCGCUUGCGGGACUACGAGCAGAAGUGGGGCAAGAAGAACCCCGGCUUCGUGCACGAGAUAGUGAACGAUGACACGGCCAAGGCGCUGGUGCACUACUUGUACGCGUCGAUCCCGGAGGUGAUCGAGGCGUACAACGUGCUUCCGUCCAAGAUCCUGCGGGCGGACUUCUUCAAGUACUUGAUCCUCUUGGCCCGCGGCGGGGUGUACGCCGACAUCGACACGAACCCCCACCAACCCGUGCCGAACUGGAUUCCGGAGAACGUGUCUCCUACGAAAAUUGGAAUGAUAAUCGGGAUAGAGAAUGAUGCCAAGACGCGCGACUGGCGCAGCAGCUUCAUCCGGCGACUACAGUUUGCUACGUGGGUAAUACAGGCCAAGCCGGGCCACCCGAUCAUCCGCGAGGUGGUGGCGAAGAUCACGGAGGAGACCUUGAGGCGCAAGGACGACGGCAGUCUCAAUUCAAAUUUGAGAGAUGAUAAGAAUAUCAUGUCAUGGACCGGCUCAGGGGCCUGGACCGACGUGGUGUUCACUUACUUCAAUGAUUACGUCCAAAGUGGCAUUCUCCAGAAAAUUACGUGGAAAGACUUCCACAAGAUCCCUCGGCCCAAGCUGGUCGGAGACGUCCUCGUUUUACCGCAGUUUUCGUUCAACGCACCUACAUCGCAGGACUCGUCGGCGGGCGAUAAGAAUUUCUAUUACGCCUCCCACGAAGGCAUGAAGUCGUGGAAGGAAUAG